GAAGGAUGUGGCGGUGGACCCUGGUAAAAAUGGCAGGAAUCAAACUUCAAUUCGAAGUAUACUCUAAAGUCCAAACCCAAUAUGCCCGUCGUCUUCUCCAUUACCAAAACCCUACAGCCUUAAACCUCUACAAAAGACCCUCCAACUUGCCCGUCAUAUGCUUCUUCAAUUUUAAAUUCUCGUCAAAACUGUCAUGAAAUCGCUCAAAAUUUUGCAGCAGCCCGCUUUAGCGGCUGUAGUUUUGUGGGUAUUGUUAAUACAUGAUUCGAAUUCAGCAAUGGCUGCUUCUGGUGGUAGGAUGGGUGGCAAAGCAUUCUCUUCGCCGAGUUCUUCUUCUUCUUCAAAUAGUAAGAUUACAUCUUACAGUACCCCUCGCCGCCCUGCGCUAGUAGAUUACGCAGAAAUUGACUACUACUCAAUGAGAAGACAACAACCCUGUUGUAUUCAUCGUAAUGAUAUUCAUGCCUCUUCGUCGUCUAUUCCUUCCCAUUCUUGGACACGCGAUGAGUAUAUUGUUGGUAUUGCGGCCUUAUUUGCGGCUAUGAUCUGUUUUGGAGUGUUUAUUUAUGAGGCCGAUCGGACUAAGAACAAAACAAGUGUUCUCAUGCUGCAGGUUGGGUUGUUGGACUCGGAUAUAUCACUUCAAAAGGAACUCAACGAGAUUGCAGAUGUGGCAGAUACAUCCACAAAACAGGGUUUAAGCUGUUUGUUGACAGAGACAACAUUAGCUUUGCUUCGACACCCUGAUUAUUGCAUCUCAGCUUAUUCAUCUGUUGAUGUCAAAAGGAGCAUGGAGGAAGGUGAGAGUCGAUUCAGUCGACUUUCCGUUGAGGAACGUGGCAAAUUUGACGAAGAGACACUUGUGAAUGUCAACAAUAUUAAAAGGAAAAAGUCCAUGAGCCAAAGGGGAGAUGGAUUUAGCAAUGAAUACAUGGUGGUUACAAUCUUGGUAGCUGCUGAAGGUGUUUAUAAAUUGCCUACUGUUAAUGGAAGGGGAGACUUGAAAGAAGCCUUGCAAAAUCUUGCGUCUAUUCUUUCCAAAACAACACUGGCAGUUGAGGUUUUAUGGACUCCUCAGAACGAAAACGACACAUUAUCAGAACAACAAUAUCUUGAGGAUUACCCACUGCUGCGGCCUCUGUAAGAAAAUUGGAAUUUCAUGAUCUUUUACUUUCUAAAAGUUAUGUAAAGGCUUCCAUUUGUUAUCUCCAUGUAUAUAGAUAGCUAGAGACAGAUUUCUCAUUUAAACUUUAUGGGUGAGACUUUUAAAGUUCAUAGCACGGAACUUGUUGGGCCUUUAGAAUUUCACAAUCACUAAUCUACUAUGUUUAAGUUGUUAUAUAUAUGAAAGUUUUGCAACUGCUCAUUGAUC